UGUUACAGUGAUAGUUUACCAUUGGGCAUAUGCUGGGUGGCUGUUGGAAAUGUUUGCUUCACUUAGUUUGUUGAUGUUUCUUCUGUUUAGCCACGAGCUGUUGGGAUCCCACUCCAACCCUGAGGUGAAGGACACAUCCAAAUGCAGGAGAGUCUGCGACAACGAUCGAUUCCCUGGCCUUUUUCUAGACCGCGACAACCUGUUCUGUCUGAUCCUGAAUCCCAGCAGCUUUAUGAGGGGAAACUUCCAGAUUCGGAAUGACAGCUUUAACAUGCCCUGGCCAAAUGAUGGCAACAAGGUGACCAAUCAGCGUGGCCGUAGGGAAGCGACGGAUCCUUGUUGUGUCACCGUCAUGACCUUGACCAUCCCUACCUACGUCACAUCGGUGUACAACAACCAGGAAUACAAAGUCAAACACUUCAACUCCUCCUACCAGAUCCUACACCAGGGAAAGUGCGCGGCGCUAGGCUCCCCUUGUACACUAUCUGGUACCUGCCAGCUGAGGAACCGAGUCCAGUGGAUCCUUGUAGAGAAGGACGACGGCAACGACACAUUUGUCCCAGUAAACGUCGGCAACGACUGUUACUGUCAGUACCAUUAAAAUGUUACUGUCAGUACCAUUGAAAUUUUACUGUUAGUAUUAUUAAAACGUUACUGUCAGUAACGUUAUAAAUGUUACUGUCAGUACCAUUGAAAUGAUUAUCAUUAAAAUGUUAUUGUCAGUAUCGUUACUGUGUUAAGGCAUCACCAUUAAAACCAUUAAAGUGUUACUGUCAUUAAAGUGCUACUGCUAGUAUCACUGAAGUGCUACUGUCGGUAUCAUAAAGCGCCAUCUCAAACCACGUCAGUGCAAACACCACUAUCCUAGUUUAGACGGUGUUUGUGUUACUUUAAUGUUACCUAAAUAGUAACAAUUUAUUGUUCUUAUUUUCCGUGAGACUGAAAAUCGAAAAACGUAUAUUUAUAUUUAAAAUAUUUUUAUUAUUAUUAAAAAUUAUUAUUUCAAGUUGUGUUUUAUUACCUUGCAUCCACAUAAAACACGAAGCUAAUAAAACUGCAUUCAUU